AUGUGGCACCUGGUCAAUGGACUCCUGAACUCUGCGCAACUGAUGAUCUCUGUCUUCAUGCUGCUCAUGCUGUCCAUCUACAUCUUUGCCUGUCUUGGAAUUGAGCUGAUCACCAAGGACGAGCGGCUCAAGACACACCCGGACACGGCCGAGAUUGUAAACUAUUACUUUCCAAGUUUGCCACUGACGAUGGUCACCCUGAUUCAGUUCAUCACGCUGGACUCGAUCGGCGCAAUCUACUUCCCGAUCGUGUGCGUCCGACCCCGCCUCAUAUUCUUCUUCGGGCCCAUCCUAAUGAUUUUGCCCAUCACCCUCAUGAACUUGGUCACGGCGGUGUUGGUGGAGCACGGCUUGGAGAAUGCCCAGCUCGAGACGGCAGAGGAGAACCGCAACAGGGCAAGAUACAUCAAGAAAUCGGUCGUGGAGCUCGGGGAGCUGUUCGAGGAGCUGGACAGAGACCGCAAUGGCCUGAUCACACCUUUCGAGCUAAACAUGGUGCCGCCGGAGAAUGCAACCUGGCCACAGGGAGGGCGCGACUCGCUACGAUAA